CAUUCAGACUCAGUCACUCUGCUAGGGCGGGGCCUGGAUAUACAUACAUGCAUGUGAUCGCUGCGCUAGCUCUUCAUCAUCAUAUCCAUCUUGCUCUUCAAUUAUCUCAUGGAUAUAGUAAAAAGCAUCAGGGCAUAUUAUUUGAAUAUAAGGAACUGUAUUUCUCCCCCACCCCCUCCCAAACCGAAUGAGGCAAACCUCACUUUCAUGACUUGUCUGUUCAAAGUAGACACCAAUUCUCCAGGGUGGCACAAAGCAAUCAUCGCUAUCUUAAGAAGCAAUAAAGGAGUGAGAAGCUUCAAGAUGAGUCAAAGCGGAGAGAUAAUGGUGACGGGGACAGGGGAUCUGAACCUGCUCCUCAAAAUGCUGAAAAAGACUGAAAAAUCAACGGAGCUGGUUUGGGUUCAAUCCGGCCUCUGCUCUUCUAACUUGUUCCUCAUCAAUGAUAAUGGCCAGCUGGGACCACCAGGACCUUUUGGUCUACAGUACGACUUCAACGGAUUUUUUAGUACGAUUCCGCCACCGCAACCGCCGCCUGCUUAUCAUCUCCCGCCGCCUCUCAAUACCACAUAUGGAGUGGAUCGUGAUAGAAGCUACCUUCAACACGGUCGACGACCAUUCAGACCCAACAACCAGGGAUGGUUUUAGAUGUGGAAUUUCAAAAUUUUCUUAUCCUAUAUGUAAUGUAUUUUCAUACUCCGUAAUAUUUUUUAUAAAUAUAUCCGUGUUUUCCCUAAGGAUGUUUUUAUAAAUAUAUCCGUGUUUUCCCUAAGGAUGUUUUUACUUCAACGUAAUUUGUUAGUCUG